GCCGUGGUGAUCGUGGUGAUCCACCUCGCUUCAAGGAAAACCUCAUUUUCAUGUGUGAGGUCUGGGCAUAAGCACGGAUAAAAUGGCGGACCAACGUGAGUUUCUGCGGAAGAUCAUGACAAAGUUCCCAUCUGGGGUUUCUUUGGCUUUCGCGUACGGUUCUGGAAUAUUCGCUCAGAUAGGAAAUACCUCUCCAAAUAACAUGUUGGACUUUGUAUUUGUACUUGAAAAUGCGCGUAAGUGGCACGAAGACAACAUGUACACGAGACAUCAUCCACAUCACUAUUCAUUCGUUCGGUCGUUUGGUUCGCGUGCCUUGGUUUCGUUUCAAGAUAAGUUCGGUGCGGGUUUGUACUAUAAUACUCUGGUACCAAUGGACGGAAGAAUGAUUAAGUAUGGAACAAUAAGCCGCGAGAACUUUCUUCUGGAUCUAAACGAUUGGCAGUGGUUAUACUUGGCAGGACGCUUACAUAAACCCGUUCAUUUUGUACUUCGACCGCAUGACGAAGAUAUUUCAUCAGCUUUGAAAGCAAACUUAAAUAGUGCUCUCACUGCAGCACUCCUUUGUCUUCCAGAGUACUUUACAGAGGAAGAACUUUUCCUCAGUAUUGCAGGUUUGUCUUUCAGUGGGGACUUCAGAAUGGUUGUUGGAGAAGACAAGAAUAAAAUACAGAACAUUGUUGGUUCAAAUUUCAAACAUUUUCAAGAGCUUUAUAGACCAAUCCUAUCCGAAAAUGGCCAACUUCAUUUCAAUUCUACCUCUUGCAAAUAUCACCAGAUUCAAGAAAAUGAUGUAGUAUUUUCUCGACUUAUGUCAUUACCCAAAAAUGUACAGAAACACAUAGCUCGAGCUGUGGAAGGGAGAUGUUUCAAACAGUCAUCGAUUGAAAAUGUGUUAAUCAAGGUCUCACAAGACAGAGCCAACUGCUCACGGAUGGUCAAAAAAGGUUUGACUUCAAUUGUCAAAAGAUCAAGCAUUACACAAAGUCUAAAAGGGAUCCUUACUGCUGGGGGUCAGAAGACGUUGAUUUACAGUGCACAAAAGCUUACAAAGAUGUUAAAGGGAUUUUGGAUAAAAUGAAAUAUAAUGUUUUCUCCAACCACAGCUAACUCUUCCUUACAAGCCAUUGCUAGCCGAAAAUAAAAGUUUUCCAUCUGUGGUCUUUGUCUCCUACAGACCAAGAGUUUAUCUUCUUUGACCUGAGGUGACAAAAAUCUCUCUCUCAGUUGCCAAAAGGUCUUCAGAUGGCAUAUAUCACAAUAAUUUUGAUAAUUUUGUGAAAUUUUUGUACUUUCUCACCCAAAGUGAGGAGAAAUUGAGAGGGCAACAACUUUUUUCUAGAAAAAUGAUACCCUUGGGUAUAUUUGAGCAUUAAAAAUGACUGUUUUACACAUAUUGUUCAGACAAAUUUGAAAUGUAAUUCUUAACAAUAAACUUUUUUUCAUCA